AUGUUGCUUUCAACAUUGUCAUCCUUGCUCCUCUCAGCAAUUCCUGUCCUGGCACUACCAGUCGACAAAUUCAACGAUAUGAUACAAGCCCAAUCGAAGCGUGUCUCUGCAGCAGAGUAUGUUGGGGUUGCCGAAAGAGCAGAAAUGGUGGAAGGCGCAAAUUUCGCGGCUGUCAACCUGGCAGAGGUUGUCCAGGGGACACGCAAUCUUGAGAGGCGCUUGUUCGCCGCUGAAUAUCUUGAAGGUGCGGACGGCGAGGAGGUUGUUGAGGCAUAUCCGGCCUAUGUCAACGCCGCUGACUCGAAAAAGGUGAUGGGGGAGUAA